GGACAAUCAAUUCAUUAAUGAAAAUCAUGAAAUCGUUCUCUCAUAUUUUUCUGCUAUUAAGUACUUUAGUUAUUUUUAGAGGUGCGAAAGCAAAUCUGCAACAAUCAUACAACGUGAGUAGUAUAAUUCCGGCAGUAUUUGUGUUCGGAGAUUCCAUAGUUGAUACUGGCAACAACAACUACUUAGUGACAAUAGUCAAGGGGAAUAUUCCACAAAAUGGAAAGAACUUUAUGGGAGGAAAGGCUACUGGAAGAUUUUCUGAUGGAAAAAUUCCCUCUGAUAUUCUAGUGGAACAAUUGGGAAUAAAAGAGUUGUUGCCUCCAUAUCUUGAUCCAAAACUACAAGCUAAGGAUCUCAUAACAGGAGUCACAUUUGCUUCAUCAGGUUCAGGAUAUGAUCCAAAAACUAAUGUUUUAUUGUCAGUUCUAUCAAUUCCAAAACAACUAGAGUUAUUCAAAGAAUAUAUUGGAAAACUUAAAGCUAUUGUUGGAGAAGCAAAAGCCUUAGAAAUUGUGAGCAAUAGCCUUUUUAUAGUACUCUCUGGCCAUAAUGACAUUCAAUUAAAUCCAGCUUCUAUUUUAAACCCAUCAUACAAUGAGCUCUUGGUCAAGUUUGCUUCUAAUUUUGUGCAGGAGUUGUACAAGUUGGGGGCACGUAAGAUUGGUGUCUUUGGUGUAUUACCAAUAGGAUGCAUGCCACUUCAUAGAAAUACUAGAGGAGGACUUCGAAAAAAUUGCGUAGAUUCUCUUAAUGAAAAAGCAUAUUCGUUCAACAAUAAGCUCUCUAUUGAGAUAAACUCCCUUUCUAACAAAUUUCCUGAUGCUAAAAUGGUCUAUAUUGACUUUUAUAAUUUCACGUUUGAUCUAAUCAAUAACCCUACGAAAUAUGGAUACAAGAUUACGAAAAAUGGAUGUUGUGCUUUACUUGGGAAAAUAGAAUUGUUAGCAGCUUGUCCUAUUGCAUGUUCAAAAGAUUAUGAAUAUGUAUUUUGGGAUGGUUUUCACCUUACAGAGAAAGGCUAUAGACUAUUAGUCAAUCAAGUUCUCCAGCAACAUCUUCAAACAUUCAUCACACAUGACCAAAUGAUAUAUUCAAUAUAAUCAACUUAUUAAUCCUUUUGGAAAAAAGUAGUACAUUUUUGUGUUGUAUUUCCUUGAUAAACAUAUAGUUUAAUUUAUCAUAACUUCAUAUUUUAUGAUAAAUAUAAAGUUAUGAUUAAACAUCUUUGUGAUUCAUUUGUUCCUCUAAGGGGUGAGCUUGCUUCGAUUUUGGACAUUUCAUCUAAUAAGUUUGUAUG